UCCUCCAAGCCACGACCGGACGCCAUUACCACGCCAUCGGACUACGAAUCUGUCAGUAGUACGCUUUUCGUUUGAUAAUCUUUGGAUUUUCUUCGGAGCUGUUUCUUUCGUGUUGAUAGUAUCUUAAAAUAUAUAAAUACCAAAAUGUCUGACGAGAAAAAGGGAGAAAGCGAACAUAUCAACUUGAAAGUAUUAGGCCAAGAUAAUGCUAUCGUGCAGUUCAAAAUCAAAAAACACACACCUCUCAGGAAAUUAAUGAAUGCCUAUUGCGAUCGAGCGGGUCUAUCAAUGCAAGUAGUUCGGUUCAGAUUCGACGGACAGCCCAUCAAUGAGAAUGACACGCCAACAUCACUGGAGAUGGAAGAAGGUGACACAAUAGAGGUUUAUCAGCAGCAGACGGGUGGCUCGCCUCUAGUGUAAUCUUAACUUAAGGAACUGUCCAUUUCCCAUGGGAAGAACGCUAUGGUGAACCCAUCUCAACUUUAACAUUAAGUUAACUUUAAACAUUCAAGUAUAAAAUGUAAAUUUUGAGAUACACAAUUGCAUAGCCAGGCUUUGUAAACCCUAGCAUUGUGUAUCUUAAAACAGUAGUACUGUAUACUCUAUUUAAUUAAGGAGAAAAUUUGAGGUGAACCAAAUGUUCUAGGUAACUUCAAUAAUUAUUCCAUUGUGAUAAUUUUUUUAGUUGACACUUUUUCAGAUCAGCUCCUAAUUUUUUAAGUGUGGCCAAAAAAAUGACACUUGCAAGCUGUAUGUGGUACAUAAAUAAUUUAUUGGACAUAGGUCCAAUCCAGUUGUCAGUCUGUAACCACUGUAAUAUUAAUAAUUAAUAUCUGAAAUAAAUUAAAUUUAAAGCCA